UUAUUAUCGUGAUGAUAAUAUUGAAUGCAAUGGGCUGUGCAAUCAGUUAUUUUAAUGAUCAUAUUAUUGAUCUAUCAAAACGUUCGAAUAUAUCAAAAAAUUCAAAAGCAUUAAUUGUUGCACCACAUAAUCUUUAUCGUUUUCUUUCGGAAGAUAAUCCUAAUCCAAAAUGUAUAUUUAUAUUCGGCGGUCCUGGUUCGAAUAAAGGACAAUUUAUUUGGGAAAUAAUGGAACAAAGUUGUGAAAAUUAUCGUAAUAAUCAGAAUAAUGAUCUAAUAAAAUUAUUAUUAAUCGAUAAUGAUGAUGAUGAUGAUAAACGAUUUCGUUUUAGUUAUCAUUAUAUCGAUAUGGAACGUUUAAUUAUCGAUAAUAUUGAUGAUCGAAUAAGAAAAUUUACUGAAUUACCAACAAUGGAACAACAACAACAGCAACCAAUUUCAAUGAAUAAUUUUUUAACUACCACAAAUAUUGAUGAUAAUUCUGAAUCAUUAUUGGAUGAAAUAAAUUCAUUAUCAAUUUCAAAACGAAGAAAAUCCGAAUCAUCACAAGAAGAACAAUUACGUUUACAAUUACGACAAUAUGCAAAUAUUAUAACAAAUAGUUGGAUAUUAACAUUAUUAAAACAGGAAAUUGAAAAACAAAAUCAAGGUCCAUAUGAAAAUAUAUUUCUUGUCAAUAUAAUACCAAAUCGUAUAACAUUAUUUCGUGAUUGUUUAUUUCUACAACAAACACCAAGUUUUAUUAAUUUUGAUUGUAAUUUUGUUGCCAUAAAAUUAAUCAGACAUUCAACAAGACGUAAAGAAUUGGAAAUUAAAAAUACAGGUAAUGGUGGUGGUCGUAAUAAUAAUAAUGGAAAUUCAUCACAUGAUAUCGAUAAUAAUUAUGCAGCUUAUUUUCGAGCUAUAAAUAAAUUAUAUGAAAUACGUGUAAAAAAUGCUGAAGAUAAUAUACGUUUACGUUUAUCAACAUCAAAUAAAACGGCUAUUUGUAUAACAAAUAAACAAGAAUUAAUUACAUUUAUUUAUAUGCCGAAAAAAGAUUUACUUGAAUUGAAUAUAUCCGGUUUUCAAUUUAAUCAACAUUUAAAUCAAAUAUUGAAACAAUGUCGUCGACAACAAACAUUAUUAUUUAUUAUUAAUAAAGAAAUUGAUUUAGAUGAUAAUAUAAAAUUAUUAAUCAAUGAUCAUGAUAAACAACAAUAUGAUUUAGUAUUUUUAAGAAAAUUUAUACAAUUAUAUCGUUUAACAAGUUAUGCAUUGAAAUUUGUUUGA